UCCUAGAUAGAUCACAUUAUGGGUGUCUUGGGUUUAACCAGCUUUAUAGGUGAUCAUGGAGCGAUUUUAACAGAUUAUCGCUUCAGAAACAGCAAGGUAGUCAUAGAUGGUUGUAAUAUCUACCACUCUCUUUAUUUGACCUCAUGUGUGGAUCAGCAGCAUGGAGGGGAAUAUGAUGCAUUUCAGGACCAGGUCUGCAAGUUCUUUAAGUCUCUGAGAGAUUGUGGCAUUGAACCUUAUGUGAUUAUAGACGGAGGCUCUGAAUUUUCCGAUAAAAAGUUUGAAACUCUCCGACAACGAGCUCAAUCAAGGAUCAACCAAGCCAACAACUUGUCCAUGGGGCUUCGGGAGAGACGUUUACUGCCAGUCUUCAUCAAACAAGUCUUCAAACAGGUCCUCUCCAGCCUGAAGGUGCCAUUUGCGCAUUGCAUCUUUGAAGCAGAUCAAGAAAUAGCCUCCUUGGCUCAAAAGUGGAAGUGUCCGGUCCUGUCCAAUGACAGUGACUUUUAUAUUUUUGACAUCCAGGCAGGAUAUCUUCCCAUGUCCCAUUUUCAGUGGCAGAACCCGUCAGUGCAACGCUGGAGUCCUGAAAAUGACAUCCCCUGCAAGCUGUACACCACAACAAGCUUCUGCAGACACUUCAACAUCAACAGACAGCUUCUCCUAGUCUUCGCUGCCAUCGCAGGAAACGACUAUGUCAACUUGGAUAAGAUGGGCUUUCCCAUCAAGUUUGAAGACAGCUUAUCGAUGGAACCCAAUUGGAAGCGCGGGGUUGUCUUUUUCAACAAGUUGCUGAAAUGGCUGGCCAGUUUCCAGAAGAAACAGGAGGCCUUGGACAAUGUGCACCUCCUCAUUGGUCAUGGGGAAAACAACAUGGAUGCUGCCCUCCAGGCCCUCUCUCGGGGCAUAGAAACAUACCAGAUUCAACCCAGUUGCCUGGAGCGUUUCUUCAAUGAUGGCGAGGCUCCUGAUCCCGGCCUUCUCCCAGACCAUCUGAGGGUCCUUCCAGACUGGACCCUGCUGCCGUUGACGAACGGGACACUUCCCUCCUACAUGAUACACAUUCUGCAGCGGAGGCCAGUGAUACAGGGUAUCCAAGUGGAAGAUCACAGCUUACCCAGUGGGAACAACACCUCUCGGCCCAUACGGCAGGUGUUCUACGGGCUGCUGCUGGGUGAAGGGAGGGAAGUGGAGGAGUAUGACAGGGAAGGGAAGAACCUGACCAGCUGCAUGGUUAUAUCCGUCCUCCCCAGUGCUGCACAACACCUGCAGCUAAACAUGUUGAAUCAGACUCCAUAUUUUGAGCGGCUUGAGGUAUUUUUGGAGACCCUUGGUGUGUCCCAGUCCACUUUGAAUGGUGUCCCACCUCAUCUGGGACUUCCUGUGGCUGUUACCUACUACUGGCUGAGGCACGCCCAUCCCCGACCAGACCUUCCUCUCCUGCAGGCCCUGCUACUAGGACUUGUGUUCGGAGAGCUCUGCAGACAGAGGAAGAGCCAGAGAGGGUUUAUAGAGGAGGGACCAGUGUUGGAGAGGAUGAGAGGGCUGAUUCAGAGACCUGCUAUGAGUCCAGACCUGGGUGUGGCCCACGCCUAUAGCCAAUGGAAGCGCUGCAUGAGGGAUUGCCUUGACCUGAACCAACUGCUGUGCUUCCCUCUACCUGAGCCUCAGUGUGCCUGGCUGUACAAGGGAACUCUGGUGCACCAGCUUGUGGACCAACUGAGAGGGGGGGUGACCCCAGAUUCUCUCCUGAUGGAAGACCCUUCCUCUGUGCAGCUGUACAGAGCCAUGCUGGACGCCAUGCGUCCAUACUCAACUUCCAGGAAGCUGAGACCACUGGACAACCUGACGGCCCCUCUGCAGAUUCUGUCGCUGGAGGAUGAAGAAUUUGAUGAUGAUGAUGAUGAUGAUGAUGGAGUAGGCUGGACUGAAGUCCCAAUGUCCCAUCACAAGAGGAAGGAAAGAUUCAAUAAAGCUCUGUUGAGUUAUAGAUAUAGGCACCGCUAAAUAGGGACCACCUGUUGAGUUAUAGAUAUAGGGACCACUAUAUAGGGACCACUAUAUACCUGUUGAGUUCUAUACUGUUUUCUGUGACAUUAAAGUGACAGAGUGCAAAGGUAGGAAGGCCCCACUUGCAUACACUCAUACUCAUGAAGAGCUUCCCCUUUCACUUACACAUGGAGAGAACAUUGAUAAGAGAUUUGACAUUGAUUAAAGAAAAUAAGAAAAAUGAGAAUAAAUUAAUUGUGACUGAGGUUUAUUGAAGUGAAAAUUCAAGGUUAAAUAUGUAACAUGUUAAAGGUUGAAAACAUUGUGAAAUAUUAAAGGGGAGUUAAAGUAGUGCAGUAAAAUGGUAGAAUGUUAUAUUGUUGUUUGCUGUAAGGGGUGUAAGGGGUAUUGACUAUGUUUGUUAGAGGAGGAGGUUGAUAAUCUAAUGGUGUUGGAGCAUUUAAAAUGUUGCAUGUUUAGAAUGUAAUGGGAGAAAUAUAUUAGGUUGGAUUAGGAUUAGAAUUGAAUGGAAUAAGAAACCUUCAUCUUUUGAAAAUGUAUGUUUGAACCACCACCACAGUAGCCCACACCACCACCACCACCAUGGUAGCCCACACCACCACCACCAACACCAUGGUAGCCCACACCACCACCACCAACACCAUGGUAGCCCACAC